AGGGCAGAUGGCAUGGCCCCUGAAGGCUGAUCCUCCCAACCCCCACCUUGUGUUCUAGUCCCACCCUUUCCAGAACUUCACAGCCAUCCCCAAACAGACAGUGUAUAGGCUGACUUCUACUCCAUCCACCCACAGGGCCAUGCCCAUCUCCCAGGCAGUGCCUCAAGUUUCCUUGAGGAUAGGACACCUGAUAACUGCCCCCUGUGGAUUUCUCUGGUCUUCAUAUCUUCUCCCAGGAUGGCCAUUUUUCAUGAGGUAGCCUGGAGCUGUCACAUGGGCUUACAGGACACAGUUGUGAGUGUAGACAAGCCCCAUCCAGACUUGACAGACUUAUGGUGAGCCCAAGGGAUCACAGCAAAUGUAUACUCGAGUCACAUGCUUUCUCCGCACCUUGAGCGAAGCCAUUUGAGCCCAGGAUAGCUGAAGUCCCCCUGAUCUCUUAAGCUGGGUGUUAACGCCUUUUUCUGUCUCCCCUUCCAGCAUUUCCCCCCUCCACUUUAUUUAAUUUUCUGCUGUGUUUGCUUUGGCUACCUCUCAGUUUGUUCAUCCUCUUCAGAUAUGGCCCAGUACCUGGGACUGGUCAGUGACUUCCAUGCUAUUCUUUUUAAAUGAGUUCCCCCAUGCCUUGGUCUCCCACCAACUUUGAUUAUUUCAGGCUCUGUCCUACUGGGAUGCUUCUGGUCUUAACCUGAGUAGACUGACUAAAAGUGACAAGGUGUUCUGUGGGACUGAAUACAUAUGGCUCACUUGCUUCAGAAACCCACAAGUUGGAGCAGAGAGAUAUAUAGCAAGUAAGGCACUUGCCUUACAUACGGCCGACCCAGGUUUGAUCCCGGCAUCCCAUAUGGUCCCCUCUGCACUACCAGGAGUAAUUCCUGUGUGCAGAGCCAGGAGUAGCCCCUGAGCAUUGCCAGGUUUGCCCCAAAAGGAAAAAAAAAAAACCCUUAGCAUGGUAAAAAGUUUCCACAGUGACUAUCUAAAGUGGGAAAGCAAAUGGGGAAGGUCAUCAAUUUGGGGAAAGGCAGAUGCACAAUGCUGGGAUUAGGAGCAAGCAAGUAAACCUUAACUGCUCUAUCCUCUAGCCCCACGUGUUUUGGUGCCUGCAAAAAGAAUACAGCAGGAAAGGUGCUUGCCUUGCCCAUGAGAGACCUGGAUUUGAUCACAGAACCCAUAUGGUCCCCUUAGGACAACUAAGUGUAGUCUAAAACCAAAACAAAACACAGUUUUGGGAAUUUCACUUAGGAGACGCCACAUACUGCCCUUUGCCUCUCAAUUUUUUAUAAAGGGCAGAGAGAUAGUAGACCAGGUAGGGUUCUUGCUUUGCACACAGCUGGCCUGCACCCCAGCUCUGAUCCCUUAAUGCAGAGCCAGGAGUAAGCCCAAAGCACCACUAGAUGUGGCCCAAAAGCCAAUACCACUACAAGGGAUCUGACAAAGAUAGCUGGAGAGCUGGUUGGUUAGAUCUUAGAGCCUGAAUCUUCCUCAUAAUGAGCACUUUUUGCAAGAACACCUAAAUCCCUCUUCCCCUACAAUUCAAUCUGGUAACACCACCAGGAAGAGUUGACAGACCCCAAUCAUAAAGAUGUAGCUUUCACAGAAUUCAGAAGAAACCAAAGACUGGUGGAAUUUUUGUGUUGGGGAUACACCUGGCUGUGUUCAGGGCUUACUCCUGGCUCUGUGCUCAAAGCUCAGGACUGUUGAACUCAGAUCAAUGUGUCUCCGGCCCUGGGGGAAAAAAUUAUUUUUGGCCACACCUAGCAUUGCUCAGGGGUUACUCCUGGCUCUGAUCAGGGAUCAUAUGAAAUGCCAGGGAUGGAACCCAUGUCCUAACUGCUGUGUCUGGCUCUGGAAUUUUUUUUUUUUUUUUUUUUUUUUUGCUUUUUGGGUCACACCCAGCGAUGCUCAGGGGUUACUCCUGGCUUUGCACUCAGGAAUUGCUCCUGGCAGUGCUUGGGGGACCAUAUGGGAUGCCGGGGAUUGAACCCAGGUCGGCCGUGUGCAAGGCAAACGCACUAGCGGUGCUAUCACUCCGGCCCCUGGCCCUGGAAUUUUUAAUUCUUCUAUUGUUUAGGGUUUUAUGCCCCAACUGACAGUGCAGCUGGCUGUCACUCCAUGCCUAGUUUGAGUGAUGUGGUGUUUUAGAUACUGUUCCAAACCAGGUCUCUUGCAUGCAAAGCAUGUGUUCUAGUUCAUUUAGUGCUCUAAGGCUGCUGCAAUUUGGGAUGAAGUUAAGUUCAUCCAUUUGAUGAAUGAAUGAAAAUCUGACCCUGUCUCACUUAAAACCUUUUCUGUUUGGGGCCACACCUGGCAGUGCUCAGGGAUCACACCCAGCGGGGCUCGAGGUGCCACUAUAGGGAUCAAACCAGGGUGGGCAGUGUGCUAGGCAAGCGCCCUACCAGCUGUACUAUCACCAGCCCUGAUAAAAACAAAAGCUUUAUGAAGACGAAAGUCACCUUUAGUUAAAAUGUCCAGGUAUGUCCCAUAAACCUGGACAAAAUACCACCUCCUUGUAGUAUUGUUAUUAAGGCCACGUCUGAGACUGAGUCUUAAUCAUAAUAAUAAUGGCUACCCACCUGGGUCGAGUCUGUUGUGCGUUCCUCAGAAGUCUAAAGAAGUCGUGCACCCUCCUUGAUGGAUAAUUACCCGGGAAGGACGAGGAAAACCCUGGGGGUCAGGUUUGCCCUUCUGGUUACACCCAGCUUUCUCCUGGGACCUCCUACCUUCCUGUAGGCCAACAACACUACCCAGGCUGCCAAAGCCCACAGGGACAGGCACUGUCUUCUUGGAAACGGAUGGUGGCAGCGGAAUCCACAGCGAUUUCCAAAGGGAGGCCCCAACAGUGAGAACAAUCUCAAGAUCACUGGGGGCCUUGCACGCGACCAGCCCUGUUCGGUCCCGAUUCCUGGCAUUCCAUACCAUCCCCCAGCACCGCCAGGAGUGAUUCCCGAGCUUGAACUCUGAGACAAGAGAACACUGAAUACUGCCCAGUAGGCCCCCGAGCCGCACCCCCACAUCCUCCAAAAAAGAGUGCCGGGGGCGGGGCCCGGGCCGAGUGCCAGGCCUGAUUGGCCGGAGGUCACGCUCCUUCCCGGUUGCCAAUAGGCAUCUGCGUCGUUUUGCGCACGCGCGGCAUCCUCGCGCGCCGUCGGUGUCGGCCUCGGGUCCCUAUUGGAGCUGCGCAGUGCCCCCGGCUCUCCAGAGCCUGCCCUCAUGGACCCUGCAGCCAGUCUGGAGGAGCCGGAGGCAGCUCGCCUGCGCUUCCGAGGCUUCUGCUACUGGGAUGUAGCUAGUCCCCGAGAGGCCCUGAGCCGGCUCUGGGAGCUGUGCCGCCAGUGGCUGCUGCCUGAGGUGCGCUCCAAGGAGCAGAUGUUGGAGCUGCUGGUGCUGGAGCAGUUCCUGAGUGCACUGCCCCCUGAGAUCCAGGCCUGGGUGAGGGGGCAGCAGCCAGGCAGCCCUGAUAUGGCUGCUUCCCUGGUCGAGGGCCUGCAGCAAGAACCUGAGCAGCUGCUGGGUUGGAUCACAGCCCAUGUGCUGAAACGAGAGAUGCUCCCAGCAGCCGAGACUACGGAGGAGCUCUUGGGCAGCCCCUGCCCUUCAGGGACAGGGGAGCCCACUCAGGCAGCCCCUGAGGAGAGGCCUGUUCUAUUCCACCACUGUGUGAAGGAAGAGCCCGACACUGAUGGGCAGAAGACAGUGCCCUGCAGCUCUUCAGCUCCAGCACCAUCUCAGGAGAGGCACCUUAGACACCAGAAACUGAUGUCGUCUACUUUCCCGGCGCCCAGGAUUACGCACUCGGCUUCCUCUGCAGCCCCAGGCAGGGAGGGCUCAGGUCACCUGCCAUCACAGAAGGAGCUGUCCUGGGACAUGAUGCUGGAGAAGUACGGCACGGUAGUCUCCCUGGCAGGGUUAACAGCCAGAGAGGCUCAGCCAGGGGUGAUGCACGAAGGCUCUUUGGGCCAAGGAGACCGCUCCUCCGGAGAGGAGCAGCAAAGCCACCGCAAGGGCUUGGGUCCAGUGGCCUGGGCUGGCCUGUCUGGGACCACUCAGUGCCAGCCUGCACCGCUAGGAGCAGAGCCUGAGUACAGUGGCCCCCUGAGAAAACCAUACAUAUGUGAGCAGUGCGGCCAAGGCUUUGACUGGAAGUCUGUAUUCGUUAUCCACCUCCGGACCCAUGCUUGGGGGCAGAGUGCUUGUGCCCAAACGCAGGCCUCGGGGGCCACUGAGAAGCUGCUGAAGGGUCCCCAGGAGCCUGCUGUGUCUCGCCAUCUCCGGUGCACACUCACAGGCCCCAGAAGCUAUGCAUGUGACGAGUGUGGGCGCAGCUUCAGCUGGAAGUCUCAGUUGGUUAUCCACCGGAAGAGCCAUACUGGCCAGCGGCGUCACUUCUGUAGUGACUGUGGUUGUGGCUUCGACUGGAAGUCCCAGCUAGUCAUUCAUAGGAAGAGUCACCGGUCUGAAACCUCAUGAGUGGGCAACUGGUGAUAGACCUGGAGAGAGUUGUAGGCAGCAGCAGAUUUUGGAGUAAAUCAGAAGAUUUUGGAGUAAAUCAGUCCCAGGACGGUCCCCUGCACUGACCCAGUUUCCCCCGCACAAAACCACCUUAGGUGCAAAGAAGCUCACUCUCCUGCCCUCAUCUGGAGUGAGACCUGAGUGCAAAUUCCACCUCCCACUGGUUAGCUCCGGGAUGACAUCCUGGGACUAUGCCCUGGCACUUUCCUGGUCCUGGGUGGUGUUCAGACUUGUUCCUCUCUACCCUUAGUGAAGUAGUUGGGCCAAGACCUUCCUGUGGCAAGAAAGCAAGCCCAGGAAGCAUGGCAUGCUGUUGACAAUUAGGUAGAGAAUUAACUACCCUCUACCUGCCUUUUACGUGUCCAGCAAAUUCCACUUUUAAAAUAGUAUUUUUGCAGAAAAAUCCUUAUCUCUGAUGUUCUGACUUGUGCUGGUCAGCAAACCAGCAGUGCUGCUGCGCUUGCCAGAGCUGGAGUGACAGAGCAUCAGCAGCCAGGCUAAGGACCAGUGGUUAUAGGACCCACCAUUGGCCUUGUCACUUGUCUGCCCACUGCUUGUCUCCUUCAGCUUUUGAGUUCCCUGGUGUGGGUAGGAACCAAGGAGACAUCCUGUCCAGUAUAAAUGGACAAGAGUGGUCUCUCCCUCAAUUGUGAACCUGGAUUCUGAUUCCUAUUCCCAAAUAAACGCCCUUAAAUCACUUUAUAUCUAGUGGUUACC